AUGGCGGCAAUGGCUACCGAAACGCUCCAGUUUGAACCACCUCAACCGCCAUCUACUGUCUCCGAGUCGUCCGUCACGGAUAAGCAGCCGUCUGACGGCCCGGACGUCAAGGUGCCCAGAUACAUGAACGAAUGCCCUCCCAUGGCACUCCCGAAUCCGCCUACAUUUUGGCUUGAGAUAUCCGAUGUUCAAGCACUCCGCCCGCAAGACUCCCUCCCUCCUAUUGAUGCCUUAUCUACCCCUAUUGGGCGUCCCUCACUAACUUCCCAAACCUUUGUCCAUCCUCCCUCCAACAGCACGCAGACCUCACCCUUCUGCGCAUAUUCGACGGUGGAUUUAGCGUGGAACGCCUUCAAUACAGCGCCCGUGCCGCAGACGUUGCCUCCAAGGCCGCAGUUCUUGCGCUCAAGGCUACGCUUCGUCGUCGAGUUCACAUCGACGCAUGGUAUCGCGAAUCUGUUUAGCUGCGGCGAUCGAACGUCCAGGAAACAAAUCAUGUCUUCCUUCUCGGGAAACAGAAUGGCCUCGUCGAUACUCCCUGAUGAUAUCACCACAGGAAGUGAUGUUGGGCUGGCCACGACGUGGCAGGGCUUGGAGAACUCUGAUCCUGCCCAAGGACGAUUCGUGGCCGCUAACCGGGUCAACGCAUCCGGGAUCGCUAUUUCGGCGGACAACUGCCAACAGGUUUGGCUGCAUCCCCUGACCGCGAAAUCGCAUGAAAUCGUUAGGAGACUUGGAGAAUCUCACUGCGCUCGGACCCGGGACCCAUUAGGCUGGACCGAGGCAAGGCAGCGCUCUUGCGCUCGAUUCUUCUCCCCUGAAAAUCUGGACAGGUUCAUGAGUUCUUUCUGGUUAUUUUGGUCCCCGAAUUGGCCUGUGCUUCACCGGCCCACGUUCGUCGCGACGAGACGGUCUCCGCACCUGAUCGCGGCGAUGGCUCUGAUCGGGGCUUGCUUAACAUCGGAAAAGAGUGAUCGAGAUCAAGCAUUAGAAUGGCUGGAGGAUAUGGAGGAAUGGGUCUUUACUGACAUUCAUUUCCACUACACUCCUAUUCCCCAAACCGGAGAUGCAUUUGAGCUGAUGCAAGUCCAUUCUCGGGUCGACAUGGUUCACGCAUCUUUUGUUACACUUCUGAUGCUAAUGUGGGAGGGAACCAGCGAGAGUCAGGCGACUCGAGCGAGGAGAAUUCACUUCUCGGAGAUUAUCAGUGUGGGGCGCACCCUGUACCCCUUCGCCUGGUGCAGCGGGACUAUGCAUAGAAGCAUUAUGACCACUACGCGCUUUGACGCGUGGAAGCUCUUUGUUCUGAGAGAAGAGUGCAUCAGAUCGAUCCUCUACAUCUUCCUCCUCGAUUGCGCUUUCAUCAUAUACAACAACACUUCCCCGCGAAUGUUUACUGAUGAGCUUCAAUACGGCUUGGUCUGCCCAGAUUCAUGUUUUCAAGCGGCAGAUCCCGACACCUGGUUCAAAGCCAUGCAAGAAUGGCUACAGGGGCAACCUUUGGGACAUAUCACCGUAGCUGAGUUGAUUGAUAUCAGCUUGAAGGAGGAUUUGAAUGCGGAAGAAUGGCAAGUUUUCGAGCAGGCCAGCCUGCUUAAUCUCUUUGCGAUUGCCAGCGCCUUCCAUAACCUCAUCUUCCUUCACCGCAAUGGCCCCGAGAGCCACAUGAAGUCUUUGCGCGUCUCCCGUGGCCUACGCAACUGGGUCAGGGUAUGGGGUGAUCGAGAUCCAGUACCCACCGAAAACGAUGACCCACAACCCGACCUCAGAAGACCUGGCUUCAUUCGCUACGUGCGGGAAUACUGGAGUCUCGCCGUCAUCUUCCACAAUCAAAACGAGUACAAGGGAAAGCGUAAUCUGAUGCACCCCGAAGACUCCGGGACGCAGAAGUCUGGCGGUCUUUUGGUGGAGCCAGACACGUCGGACAUGGGCCCGAUCCAUGAGCUCAUGGUUCGAAUGCAGGACAUAGAUCUUAGCGAGGCAUUGAUCCGGGAGUUCGGAGAGGUGCAUCUUACCGGCCAGGCCGACGCUGUCAAUAUCCACAGCUCCAAGCCAUCACGAGAAUUCUUGAAGAGGCUCAAGGAAAACAAGAAGUUAGACACGCUUGGGAGAAAUUACACGACGAGAACUCAGCCACUGAUAUCGCCAUCCACCCUGGCGCAGCGAUAUGAAAAACCAGCUGAUGCCGACGAUGCUGCCGCACAAAUCACGAUAAACACCGUAUCCACCUCCGGGUCGGGGUGCCCUAAGGGGGCGGUCGCCGUCACAAUAUCUCCGGACCGCACGGUCGUGACACUAGGUUUCGACGAGUUCCACGUGGGCAUCGGCCCAGCCUGGUCGCCGUCCGAUCGAGAGAAGAAUUGCAACAUCCACUUGAACCUCCACUACCCGCCUGGAUACUCGUACGCCGUGGUUGAAACAACGUACCACGGCUUCGCACAACUCAACGACGGUGUCCAGGGCACUUUCGAUACGGAAUACAUUUUUGCCGACGAAAACGGGAAGGGUUUGGUGGGUGGGUUGGUGGGCGGACUGCUUGGGGGCUUGUUGGGUCUCGUCGGUGACUUGCUAGGCGUGGUAACUCAUGUUGUGCUCCUCGGUGGCGACAGGUUUGCCGAUGGAGACAACUUUUCUAUCACGGAAAAGGUACCUGUAAACAAGCAGGUGUUGGCUCCCUGCGACGGCAAGGAUGUGAACUUGUUGAUCCGCACCACAGUCAGCCUCUCCGCUUCGAGCAGGGAUGCUACGGGACACCUGGUUGACGAUGAUGCCACAAUUGAUCUGACGCAGCAGGUACAUAUUGAAUGGAAGAAGUGCGGAUAG